AUGCCGCAGUUCCGUUUGCCCAACCAACGGGUGGCCAUUGUGUCGAUUUGCGCUUACGGAGAAACCGAGCCGGUGCGCAUCAUUGGCACGGAGAACCAUCAGGUCUAUGCGGAGCUUCACGGUUAUGACCUUUAUCAAGUGACUGAGAAGUCGCAGAUCAAAGCAAAUCUGGCUUCUCAGAUGGACAUCAACGAUGGGCGGCACAAGCCCUUCUUCUGGAAGGUCAACGUGGAACAAACUCCAAGAUAUGAUUGGGUGCUUUGGAUUGAUUGCGAUGCACUCUUCAUGGAUCCAGGUCGAACGAUCGACAGUGUCAUUCAGAUGUACAGCGGCAACAACACCUGGGCCACAAAGCUUGGACCCAGGAGUUUCGGCGAAGAUUUGAAGAUGCAGAGCUUACGAGACCGAGUGCAACCUUUGAGUCCCCCAGAGGUGUCGCUGAUUGUGGCCACUGACUCCUCCGGCAUCAACAACGGCGUGUGGUUGAUGCGGAACAGUGCUUGGUCCCAUGACUUCCUGGUGCGAUGGUGGCAUUCGGACAUCCUGCAAGGGCCGGGAGAAAAUCACAACUGCAGCGAUCAGUCAACCAUGCAACACCAACUCUUAUAUGACAGCAGCAUGUCUUUGGACGAUGCCUGGGACGCGGUCGAAGCACCCGUUUGGGUGCCGGAAGUGCGCGUGGCUGCACAGGAACACUUGCAGUCCUUCCAUGCUGCAACAGCUGCGACCGUGGCAUCAAGAGAAUGGCAAGAUGGGGACUUCAUUAAGCAUCAUCCAGGAUGCCACUACUACAAGCCGCCCUGCCAACAACUGUAUCUGGAAGCGCAUCAAAUCUUCCUUGGCAAGCUGCAGGCAGAGACUGAGGGUGGACGGUUGACAGAUAACAUGGGGAACCAUUGCCCCCCUGGCCCUCACGUAGGCUCUUGA